AUGCUUCUUGCCGAUGAAGAGAAACAAUUUGAUAACGAAGCUUCCUACUAUGCCAAGGAGGAGCAAUGUCUUUGUCUUGCUGCUGCAUCUGAAACGGAUGAUUCUUCUUCAAAUAAACCUGCGUUACAUCACUUGCUUCAGCCAUUUCAUGAGUGUGACAUGUGCAAAGAUCUGCGUCCACAUAUUAACUCUCUGGAGCCGAAGCUGCGAGAAAGCUAUGAUAAUCACUGUGAGCUUCUUAACAAGUUACACCGCAACCAAUUCUCACCACCGUCUCAUCUGAGGAUAAUACUGUCUUCAUCCUCAGGGGAUGGAGAGAAGGAACGUCUCCAUAAUGACCGAUCUAACAGGCGAAGAGCUGGGUGCGCUUAUUAG